UAAGCUAUGGCUUUUCUUGCAAUGCCAAUUUAGCGUUGUUAUCGAUAUUUUUCAUUUUCAGAUUUUUGGAAUAAUUUUGUCUCUCUUCAACGUAACUAAUCUUAAAAGGCCGAUUUGAAAACAUAAUAUUUUUAUAUAUUUUUCCAAAAUGAAUUUAAACGAGAUAGCUUCUGACAAUCUAAUCGUGCCAGGAGCAGCUGACAAUAAUUCGACUCCGGAGAACACAACCAUAUCAAGCGGCCAACCAGCAGCCACAUCCACACCGAGUUAUAUGACUCGCCAACGCUCUAAGGUCAUUUCUGAACAGCAGCAGGAGUUGGAGGCAUUUGACUUAGGUGACUCGACAUUGAUGGAACGAGUAACACCAACACUUGAGAAUAUGAAGGACCGAAAGUCGGUUCAUCCUUUUAAAUCUCCUUGCAAGACCCCCAUAAUAAAGAAGGUUCAACGUCAAGCGACACCGUCGUCUUUGGCAAAGCGCGUACCACGAUCAUUUAAAAAUAUCAGGGGUCGAAAGCGUAUUCGUGAUUCUGAUACCCCUAAAAGAGUUCAAAAUUCAAAGGACUUGCAAAAGGCACCGGACACGAUGAAUCCAAGAGUGAAAUCACUAAUCAAAUCAUCUAUGAACUCAACCCAUAAAUCAACGAAGUCGCCCAGGAAGCCCUUAACAAAAACACCAAGGAAUGAAUUUAAAGGCAAAGUCACUAAUGAAGGCAAUAAAAUCGACACCAAUGAGUUACCAUUGGAACAAACGAAGGCACCAGAAGAAUCACCAAUAAAUUCACAAAUUAUUUCACAAGAAAAGCCAUCAUCAAAAUCAAUUAUUAAUUCGCCAGAAGCAGGUUUCUCUGAUAAGGAGUCCCAUUUAGAAUCCAGUGUUGAAUGUGAUUCGGAACCGCCACUGAAAAAGGCUCGUCAUCAGAUUCUGCAGGUCAACAUGGGAUCUCCCUUUUCCAUGACUCGUAUCAAGAAAAUUAAAUUAGUUACUUUAGAUGAGAAUGACGACAAUUUGGUGUCAAGCGAGAUGUCGGGUAAUGGAAAUGAGUUACCGAAACUUCCUACUAGUCCAAUGAAGGAAAGCUUAUUACCGAAGCUUCCUGCUAGUCCGAUUGAAAGAAUUUGUUUUACCGGAGAUUACUGUUAAUCCGAUUGCAGAAUAUGUAGUGCCGGAUCUUUCUGCCAGUCCAGUGGAGGCUGAGAUCACCAGUCAGGAAAAUUCAGUCCAGAUGUUGACAAGAGUGGGUAUUCAGUGCCUUGAUGACCCAAUUACAACUGUUACGUCUCUUCAAGAAGGAAACUACAAAACACAAUGUACCCUUAUGUAAUGUAAAUCUAUUUGAUUUUAAUUUUUGUUUUACGUUAUAAAACUUUGAAAUAG